AUGCUGAAAUUGGUAGAAUACUCAACAGAAAAGCUAGAAAAGGCCGCGGCGCUAUCCGAACUUGCUAAGAGAACCCGAAGCUACAGCGCAAACUCCACAAAGGUCGCGCUGGUAGUACCAAAGACACGCAGAGAUGACUUAAGAUGGCUUCGUGAUUACCUUCAAACACAAACCGACAAUACUCCGUUCAUUUACACCAUGGAUAAAAGACCUGAGAAAGAACUACUCACUCCGCACUCCUCUCGCGGCCGUGAAGCUUCCGCUUAUCUCUCGUUCAUUGUUGACCUAUACGAAAACCUCCCCGAAUACUCCAUUUUCGUCCAUGCCGACCCCGACCAGUGGCACAACGAUCUAUUUGGCCCCCAAACAAGCAACACUCUGCCCAACCUACGCCUGGAAGCUGUGGAUGCGAUGGGAUAUUUGAACCUGCGCUGUACGAAUAACCCAGGAUGUCCGGCUCACAUCCAUACAAAUAGCCCCUCUCAGGAGGAUAUUGACAGCAACGACGCUCGGGCAAACUUUCCGAGGAUAUACAAGGAUAUAUUUGGUGAUGAUGCGCAUGUUCCGGACACAAUUGGAGGGAUUUGCUGUGCGCAGUUUGCGGUCAGCCGAGCACGCAUUCAGCAGCGACCUAAAAGUGAUUAUAUUCGUAUGCUGAACUGGGUGGACGAAAAGAGUGUUCCCUUCGUUGAUAAUUACGGUGUUGGGUGGGUAUUUGAAACUUUGUGGCAUGUGGUAUUCGGUAUGGAAGGGGUCCAUUGCCCCGCUUACGAGCAAUGUCGGUGUGAUAACUACGGAUGGUGUGGACCCCUGUCAUCGGGCAAAACUCUUACGCCCAUUAGGGCACCACAAAAGAAAGAGCUGAACUAG